AUGAUCAUUAAACCCCUUCGUUUGGUUUCAUUCGAAAAAAUCAUGUUUCUGGCUACUGUACUCGCUGUUCUCAUCACUUUUUCCACGGCUACAAUCACCCAAACACCUCCAGAUGCCGCUCUUGAAUGUGAUAUCGUUCCAGUUCAACCAUGUCCAGUAACAUGUGGUGGAGGAUUCCAGCUGAUGAGAUAUGAAUGUGUUGAAAAGACUGAAAACUGUGGUUGUCCAAAGAACCCAAUUUAUUAUCAAUGCAACAAUCGUCCAUGUCUCGGAAAGAAUGCAACACUUCUCGAUGUUUUCUACGAUGAAGAGAACAAAGAAGCAGAAAAGGCUGGAGUCGAAUUUGUGGAAGACAGUGGAGAA